GCGGAGUCCGCUGAUGUCACAGGAAGCGCUCAUGUUUCCUGUUGAUGAUCACAGCCACUCACUGUGGGCAGUAGCGCUUUCUGCAGCGGCUCCUGGACGGGCAGCGAUCUGACAUUGAGCUGCCGGUAAUUUGAGAAGAGCUGACUUCUAUGACAGAUCUCAGAUAUGGGAAAAUAUCAUCUUGUAAUUCAUAUGUUACUUGCUAUUGUAACAAGCACUCAUACAAUGUAUGACCAGAAGGAAGAGCCUCCAGAAAUAGUGGAGCCACCUUUUCAAGCAGUUGGUGUUACAAGGAACAAGAUUAUGACAGCACAGUUUGAGUGCUAUCAGAAAAUAAUGCAGGAGCCAACACAAACAAAGGAAGGUCUCUUUUGUAAUAGGACAUGGGAUGGUUGGUUGUGUUGGGGUGAUGCGGCAGCAGGAGAUAUUUCUGAGCAGCACUGCCCAGAUUAUUUUCAGGACUUUGAUCCCUCAGAGAAAGUUACAAAGCAUUGUGGUUCAAAUGGAUACUGGUUCAGGCAUCCAGACAGUAAUAGAACAUGGACAAAUUAUACACAGUGUAAUGCCUUCACGAUUGAACGAGUAAAGACAGCCCUAAAUUUGUUCUACCUGACUAUUAUUGGACAUGGAUUGUCGAUUGCAUCACUUCUGAUAUCUUUAGGAAUUUUCUUUUACUUUAAAAAUUUAAGCUGCCAGAGAAUUACACUUCACAAGAAUCUCUUUUUGUCCUUCGUCUGCAAUUCAGUUGUCACUAUUAUUUCAUUAACAGCUGUGGCAAACAACCAACCUUUGGUGGCUACGAACCCAGUCAGCUGUAAAAUAUCACAGUUCAUCCACUUUUAUCUGAUGGGAUGCAAUUAUUUUUGGAUGCUUUGUGAAGGAAUAUAUUUACAUACUCUUAUAGUAGUUGCUGUAUUUGCAGAAAAACAGCACUUGAUAUGGUACUACUUACUUGGAUGGGGUUUUCCACUGAUUCCUGCCUGUAUACAUGCUGUUGCAAGAACUUUGUAUUAUAAUGACAACUGCUGGAUUAGUUCUGACACACAUUUACUCUAUAUCAUUCACGGACCUAUUUGUGCUGCAUUGUUGGUAAACCUCUUUUUCCUGCUGAACAUUGUACGUGUUCUGAUAACAAAAUUGAAAGUUACACAUCAAGCUGAAUCCAAUCUCUACAUGAAAGCUGUGAGGGCAACUCUCAUCCUUGUGCCCCUUCUCGGAAUCCAGUUUGUAUUGCUGCCAUGGAGACCAGGCGGACGAAUAGCAGAAGAAGUGUUUGACUAUAUUAUGCAUAUUCUCAUGAAUUAUCAGGGACUGCUGGUUGCAACAAUAUUCUGUUUCUUUAAUGGAGAGGUGCAAGCUGUUCUAAAAAGGCACUGGAAUCAGUACAGAAUUCAGUUUGGGAAUAGCUUUGCACAUUCUGAAGGUCUCCGAUCUGCUUCAUAUACUAUAUCUUCAAUCAGUGAGGCCCAAGGUACCACCUAUACCCACGACAGUGAGCAUUCAAAUGGAAAAAACUACCAUGAUAUGGAAAAUAUUUCUUAUAAACCAGAAAAACAUUACAUGUGAACUGCGUACUAAAUAACUUCUGCUAAAAAGUAUUAAUGUUUAUGACUGCUUCAUUUAUUACUGUUUAUGACAGCUGUCAAUACCAUAUCUACUUUAAACAUAUUAUGAGUGUCUCAAUAUAUAUAUUUAUAUAUAUACUUUUUAUGCAAAGUAUAUUUCCUAUAAGCUGCAUUAAAGUUUGCUAGCACUUGUGUUACACUUAUUUGUGAAUAACAACUUAUGACAUGAUUUAUUUUUUCUUUAAAAGUAAAAUAUUGAAUUUGUUACAUGCCAGUUGAAAAAGGUAUAUUGUCUGUUUUCAUUACACUGACAUGUUCAUCAUAAUUCUGUAUUUUGAAGCUUAAACAUUUCAGCUAAUAUCUGUCACAUUUUGAUAUCUUGUCUGCACAUUUAUACUAUGAAAGCUCUUAUGAAGGAAAGUGAAAGGUGUGCUGUUUGUUUAGUCAAAAACUAUACCAGAACCAAACCAGUACUUUUAGAGCUAAAUAAUAAAAUUAAAAAAAAUUUCCUCAA